CGCCGGUGAGUCCGCCUUUCAGAAGGUUGCAAUCUUGCUAUUGGUUAAGUAUACGAAUAGAGGAGAAACAGGAACUGCAAAUACCCGUGAAGAUCUUCAAAUAGUAUUGUCAAACUACUAAGAAAGUAUAGUUAAUUCAUGAGUAGAUAAUUGUCGCUGUCAGCAAUGUUUACGAAUUUAGAGAAAUGUCCAAGGAAUUUACUUAUCUGUGAGAAAUCCAGUUUCUUGAAUGAAAAAUCUCGUCAUGCCACACACGUGGCUAAGCACUUUUUUAACUACAAGGUGUCUGUUUUAAUACCGGAGUGUGGAAUUAUUCCAUCUGGGCUGAGAAGUGUUGUCAGCAGCUUCUCAAAAUAUUAUCUUUUGAAGAAUUUACCUGUGUAUAAACUGCUUGAGGAAGAGUUUCUGGAGAAAGUUGCAAAGAAAGGCUGUCUGUAUGCACUAUCUUACAAGACCAGAAUUGACCAAGACAACACCUUUGCCCUUCUCCCAACUGGACAGGUGAUAUUGUCUGUUGAUAAGGACACAUAUGAGGAGCUGGGUCUUGAAGGCAAGGCCUCACAAUACAACCACAGACAGCCAAUGAGAUAUGUGGUGACCAUUGACCUGACGGAUAAGUCUAUGGCCGCUGGUGGGAAGCGGUACAAACGGGUGAUGUGGGCCUUGCAAGAGAAGGUGCAAUUAACAAGUGAUUUCCUGCUGGCCAGAUAUAGCACAGGGGGUGAUGGUGAGGACUUGCUUCAGUCCUUCUUCUCUCAGUAUAGCUGUAAAGAGCUCAGACCCUCCAUCAGCUCCCAGACCUUUAAGAACCUGCCGUGCCCUUCCCUGGACCCCAAUGACUUGCGCGGGGACACUCGAUCAUGUGACCCACAGCAGUUCCUGGAGUGGCUGGGAGCCGUUACCAUGGAUAUAAGUUGUAACAAUGAGGCAGCCAGCUUUGUAUCUGCAUAUUGCUGUCCAGAGCCACAGAGCUCUGUAAGUCAAGCCCUGCUCUGCAGCACCACAGGCCUGCUCCUGCCAGAGGACAUACACUCCCUGCUAGAGGAGCUGCGGCGGUACUUCGACGAGCCCAGGUUCACGUCGUGGCUGUCGGUGACGGUGCAUGGUUUUGCAGACAGUCCCGUCUCCUGGGGUGGCACCGAGCAUGGCUUCCACAAGGGUGGGGAGAACUUCUACACUUUUGUACUGUUCAAGAACCAAGACUACUGGCUGCACAUGGCCACUGGGGCUAAUGAUGGUUGCCCUCCCUAAAAU